AAACGAACAAUUAACAACGCCGUAAAGUUGGGAAUCAGAGCACUAAAGAUGAAAAACUGGGAGAUUAAUCAAUGAGUUCUUCCCUUCGUUUACUCUGAAAGUGGAAGUAGAUAUAAAUUCUGGAACCGUACUUCUCGCGCCCAAUUUCCGACCCUCAUCUCAUCGACGGGCUCAAUCAGGAUCGACGGAAUUUCCAUUUUCAUCCUCCCAGGGCCAGCAGCAAUUGCUAAGGAUUGGAUUCUAUAAAUAAGAUGCUGAUGACUGUCUCGCAGGCAUGAGUUUCUUCAAGGAUAUAACUGAAAGAUUUGGCUCCAUCUUCUCUGAUGUAGACUCGCACCAGAACCCUAGUUCCGCCGCCGAUCGAGCUGCCGACGGAGACGGCGUUGUUACAACGGGAAACGAGCGGGCUGCCUAUAAGCUGAAAGGAUACUUCGAUUUGGCCAAAGAGGAGAUUGCUAAGGCCGUUCGGGCUGAAGAGUGGGGACUACCGGACGACGCUAUUUCUCAUUAUCAAAAGGCACAGAGGAUAUUAGGUGAAGCAAUUUCUACACCGGUUCCUUCUUACAUCUCCUCUAGUGAACUGGAGAAGGUGAAAUCUUAUCGUCAAAAGAUAUUGAAAUGGCAGAGUCAAGUAGCAGAGAGACUGCAGACUAUAGCUCAAAGAACAAAUUUAUAUUCUGUUGCAUCUACUGCAGCAGGUGGAUCGUCAGAAACCAAGAAGACCUUACCUAAGUCACAAGCUGCAGCCAUAUCACAUACAGCUUCACAUCCAAGAAAAGUGGCAGCACAAAAGUCUUCUGUGAAUAAUAGCCGAGGAAACCCUCCUGUGAAGGGUCAGGGUAAUAAUGCAAUGAAACACAGACCCGUUCCAGAAUCUGGAGGUGGCUAUGAUGCCAAACUGGUAGAGAUGAUAAACUCUAUGAUUAUUGAUCAUAGUCCUUCUGUGAAAUGGGAUGACAUUGCUGGUCUUGAGAUGGCAAAACAGGCACUUCUUGAGAUGGUUAUUCUGCCAACGAAAAGAAGAGACCUCUUUACUGGGCUUCGGAAACCAGCGAAGGGCUUACUUCUAUUUGGACCACCGGGCACUGGGAAAACCCUGCUUGCUAAAGCAGUAGCUUCAGAAUCUGAUGCGACCUUUUUUAAUAUCUCUGCUUCUUCCCUGACAUCCAAGUGGGUGGGUGAGGGUGAAAAACUUGUUCGGACUCUUUUCCAGGUUGCCAUUACCAGGCAGCCAUCUGUGAUCUUCAUUGAUGAGAUCGACAGCAUCAUGUCAACAAGGACAGAGAAUGAAAAUGAAGCAAGUAGAAGAUUGAAAUCAGAGUUUUUAGUUCAGUUUGAUGGGGUAUCAUCGAGUUCGGGUGAUUUAGUCACUGUCAUUGGUGCCACCAAUAAACCUCAGGAGCUGGAUGAUGCUGUACUCAGAAGGCUGGUAAAAAGAAUAUACAUACCUCUGCCAGAUAAAAAUGCAAGAAGGCUUCUUUUGAAACACAAGCUCAAGGGCGGUGCUUUUUCUUUGCCAGAUAGAGAUUUAGAGAGACUAGUAGCAGAAACAGAAGGAUAUUCUGGAAGUGAUCUUCAGGCACUAUGUGAAGAAGCUGCAAUGAUGCCCAUAAGAGAACUUGGCUCAAACAUCCUUACAGUCCCCGCAAAUCAGGUAAGGGGGUUGAGAUAUGAAGAUUUCCAGAAGGCGAUGACUGUUAUCCGGCCUAGCUUACAGAAAAGCAAGUGGGCAGAACUCGAAAAAUGGAACCGUGAGUUUGGCUCCAACUAAUAUUACUUGUGUUAAUUUUACUGCAUUUGCAAUUUGACGUGUAUAUAUAUAUAGCUUUGACAAAAAAUGAAAAAAAAAUCUUUAAUUUGUACAAAAUAAUUUUAAAAAAAUACUCUCUCUGUUUCAUGUAAUAUGAGUGUAUUAC